AUGCCGCGUGUCUAUGGAAUGGGAUGUUUCAAUCCUUUCGUACCAGUUAUCCCAUUUCAACAACCUAUCCCGAUGAUGCCGGUUAGCAUGAAGCCAACUAUGAAUGGUAAUGGAAUGAAUGGCGGAAUGAUGCCAGCCAUGCAGCAAUUAGGUAUGAACGGCAAUGGAAUGAAUGGCGGAAUGAUGCCAGCUAUGCAGCCACAAA